AUGCUUCAGGUCAUCAUACUCAUCGAUGACAUCGGAGCCUUUUUGAGGGGUAAUUGUCCAUGGGAGCUUCGUGAGUCUCGCUGCGCCCUCUUCGAGGCAGUUCUCCGUGCCGUAUUUAAAAUUUACAAGGGGGACGAGAAACGUCUCACCAUCAUUUACGGUCACGACUUCAAAUGUGGGGGGUCCUACAUGCUAGACCUUUACCGAUUGGUAAGCCUGGUACCUGAGAAGGAGGCAUUGGCCUGCAGUGGAGCCACAAUGCCUCCAUCGGAGCAGCAGGACCAUGUAGGUGAUGCUGAAGGAGAGGAGGAAGGUUGUGGGCUCAAUCUCUCUGCCCUUCUGCUCCCUUGCACUACUCUCCUUGACUCCUACCACCUUGAGGUAGAUUUGCGUCUCGCUAGUCUGCGCUCCGUCGAAGGGCAGAAGCGAUUUGCGAAAGAGGUUCGUGUUUUGUGGUCGUCCUGA